AUUAGAGAAUACCCCAAUUCUAAUCGCACCCCAUCCCUCUUCACCCUUCAUUAUUCUCCAACAAUGGCAGCCAACUUACCAUUUCAUUUGGCGGCGCCAUUAAAAUCUAACUUUCAGCUUCAACAAGCUUUAACCUUCCCAUUUUCCCAGACUAAAAGUUCUAUAGUGCGUUGUUCUGCUGCUGCAACACCCACUAAAAAGAGCUACAAUAUCACUCUUCUUCCUGGUGAUGGCAUUGGACCUGAAAUUAUAUCUGUUACCAAAGAUGUCCUUCAAAUUGCUGCUUCCAUUCAAGGAAUUGAGAUCAAGUACCAAGAGAUGCCUGUUGGUGGCUCUGCUCUGGAUCUCACUGGAGUCCCUUUGCCAGAGGAGACCCUUAAUGCUGCAAAACAAUCUGAUGCUGUACUUCUUGGAGCUAUUGGAGGGUACAAGUGGGACCACCUUGAAAAGAAGUUGAAGCCAGAGACUGGCUUGCUUCAGCUUCGAGCAGGGCUUGACGUGUUUGCAAAUUUGAGGCCUGCAACUGUCUUACCUCAGUUGAUUGAUAGUACAACAUUAAAAAGAGAGGUAGCUGAAGGUGUUGAUCUGAUGGUGGUGAGGGAGCUUACUGCUGGUAUCUAUUUUGGGGAGCCUAGGGGUAUUACUAAAGAUGAAAACGGGGAGGAGGUUGGUUUCAAUACAGAGGUCUACUCUGUUUCUCAGAUUGACCGUAUUGCUCGUGUUGCUUUUGAGACUGCACGAAAGAGGCGAGGGAAGCUCUGCUCUGUUGAUAAAGCCAAUGUUUUAGAGGCAUCUAUGCUUUGGAGAAGAAGAGUUACGGAAUUGGCAGCAGAGUACCCGGACGUUGAGCUCUCGCAUAUGUACAUUGAUAAUGCUGCUAUGCAACUUAUUCGUGAUCCUAAACAGUUUGACACCAUUUUAACCAACAACAUUUUCGGUGACAUAUUAUCUGACGAGGCAUCAAUGAUUAGUGGGAGUAUCGGAAUGCUUCCUUCUGCAAGCAUUGGACAAUCGGGACCCGGGCUUUUUGAACCUAUACACGGUUCUGCUCCUGACAUUGCCGGGCAGGACAAGGCCAAUCCAUUGGCAACCAUCUUGAGUGCGGCAAUGCUUUUGCGAUAUGGUCUUGGCGAAAGUAAGGCCUCAGAAAUAAUCGAGACAGCUGUUAUGGACACACUAAAUAGGGGUUUUCGAACUGGCGACAUAUACUCAGCUGGAAACAAACUUGUUGGGUGCAAGGAGAUGGGUGAAGAAGUGAUUAAAUCAGUAGAGUCUCAAGUUUCUGCAGCUGUUUGAGUACGUAAUGAUAUAAUAAAUGAUAGAGGCAUAUAUCCGAGCACCAACUCGAAGUAUGAAGGCUCAAAAUUUGUGUGGAAUUUCUGGUUCAAAAUCUCUAUUACUUCCUGAUUGUUGAGGACGUAGAAUCACAUUUUUUCCCUACUUUCUAAGGGAAACUCUUGUAAGGACCCUUUUUGUCACACCGGAAAUCUGUACAAAUUUACAAUCAUGCACAAUUUUUGUUUGGGAAUAAAUUUUGUGGGGUAUGUCAAGGAUAUCUUCAAUUAAAUUCAACUUUUAGUUCCGAUAAAGGUAAAUUCAGCUUAGUUUAGUCCGAAUAGAUCCACAUUGUUUUUUCGUUUUGUUUGUUGAUAUGAAAUCUCAAGAGGUAUUUAUACGCAUCAUUGGGUUGAUUUCAGAUCAAGUGUACAUUUUGGGUCGAUUUAAAAUCAGGUUUCGUGUCCACAUUGAUUGUUGUAUAAUUUUAAAUUCAUUUUGAAGUCGGGUAAA